AUGGAAGCUUCCAGAAGGCGACUUUGCGUGGGCAAAACGACCAGCGCGAGUCAGAUGUUCCCAAGAGUCUUUGCUAGAAACACUCCAUCGCCGUCAGUGUCGUCUUCUGCGCCGAAGAGCACCAACACCCAGGCUCAAUCCGCCGCCAGAGACACUCCUUUGCCACGCCCAUCUUCGGCCUCUCAGCGCCCGACCUCCAGCCGUACCACGAGCCGGCCGCUGUCCCGCUCUCCAGAGAAAACCCCGAGCGCCAAAGCCGACAAAAAGUCGUGGUCGCCCAAGAAGCAGGAUAGAGCACACGACCCCGACACACAUCCGCUCAACCUUCCUCCUCAAGAGCGCGCUCGUCUGUCGAGACUGGCUGCCAGGAUGGACCAAGAAAAGCAACAGACUAAUGGCAACGGCACCGCCGACAAGCCCACCCAGAAUGGCGAUGCUGCUCCAGCUCCUCCGCCGCACAAGACAGCCACCACUCCUCCCCCUCCGAGCACUGAGGAUGCUGAGGCCUUCAAGGCUGCUGGAAACAAGUACUUCAAGGCUGGCGACUACACCAAGGCUAUUGCCGAGUACACANAAAGGUUGAGCCUCUCGAUACAAGUCGUUUUUCUGGUCACGCCCAUGCUGACAUGUCCCUCCGCUCCAGCCGUCGAGGCCGACCCCAAGUCUCCGACGUACAAAUCCAACCGCGCCGCCGCUUAUAUGUCUGCUGGAAAGUACGUCCAAGCCCUGGAUGACUGCAAGGAAGCCGACGAGUUGGACCCCAACAACGCCAAAAUCUUGCUUAGAAUGGCCCGCGUCUACACAUCUCUGGGUCGUCCUAAGGAAGCCCUUGAGACCUACGAUCGCAUUGACCCUCCUGCAUCGCAAAAGGACCGCCAACCCGCUAUUACCAUGAACCACCAUCUUUCCGAGGCUGAAGAACAGAUCCGCAAUUCCACCUCUGGUUCCAUGGCCAUUUUCGCCCUCGACCAAGCCGAGAAGGGUCUUGGAUCCACCGUCACAAGACCACGAAAGUGGGCUCUGCUCAGGGGUGAGGCGUAUUUGAAGAUGGGCAACGUAAACGCACUUGGUGACGCACAAAACAUUGCCAUGUCUUUGUUGCGCAACAACAGUGCCGACCCCGAGGCCCUCGUACUCCGAGGACGCGCUCUUUAUGCACAGGGUGAGAACGACAAGGCUCUGCAACACUUCAGACAGGCCAUCAGCUGCGACCCCGACUUCAAGGAUGCCGUUAAAUAUCUGCGUAUGGUGCAGAAACUCGAUCGCACAAAGGAAGAAGGCAAUGGCUACUUCAAGACUGGAAAGUACCAGCAGGCCGUCGACACCUACACCUCUGCUCUCGAAAUCGACCCGCAAAACCGUGGCACAAACUCCAAGAUUUUGCAGAACCGAGCGCUAUGCUACACCAAACUCAAGGAAUGGCAAAAAGCAAUUGAAGACUGUGAGCGUGCUUUGAAACUUGAGCCCAGUUACACCAAGGCGCGCAAGACAAAGGCCAAGGCAUUGGGCGAGUCUGGCAACUGGGAGGAGGCUGUCAAGGAGUUGAAGGCCAUUGCCGAGAGCAACCCUGAAGAACCUGGCAUUGCAAAGGAGGUCCGCAACGCCGAGCUCGAGCUCAAGAAGAGCAAGCGCAAGGACUACUACAAGAUUCUAGGAGUUGAGAAGGACGCCGAUGACAAUCAGAUCAAGAAGGCCUACAGGAAGUUGGCUAUCAUCCAUCACCCCGACAAGGUUUGUGACUUCAAUUCACUGUCCGAGAUCAUUGCAGACGCUAAUCAUGCAAACAGANACCAAGGAGACGAGGCUGCAGCAGAUCGCUUCAAGGACAUCGGUGAAGCCUACGAGACUCUGUCAGAUUCUCAGAAGCGCGCUCGUUACGACAGUGGUGAAGAUCUUAUCGACCCUUCGGAACAGUUUGGUGGAGGUGGUUUCGGUGGCAUGGGUGGCGGCAUGGGCUCACAAAUCGACCCCGAGGUUCUCUUCCAAAUGUUUGGUGGACAGAUGGGCGGUGGUGGCUUCGGGGGUGGCAUGGGUGGUGGUGGCCGCAGAGGAGGUGGUGGAGGCUUCCUGGAGGAUUCCAUUUUGGUUGAAAGAACACAUCGAAUACGAUAUCCUCGGCCAGGUCUCUCCUUUCUGGACUCACUGGACUUCUCACGACAAGAGGUUGCCCAGUCCUCUGCAGCAUCU